AUGCAGGCCAUGUCGGCGAUGGGCAUUAGUCCGUGGCAGCAAAUGGAGGCGGUGAACGCUGCAAGCGGCAUAGCGCAACGUGCGCAAGAAGCAGUUCAGGAUACUGCAGGAUUGGUUUUCGGCGAGUCGUCGGACCCCGUGGCAACGGCUCACAAAGAAGCUGCCGUAAGAAGACCUGCAGUCGACCCAUCUGCAAUUUCGAAACGCAAGUGGCGGCUUUGCAUCCAUCAUGGCAGGGACAUGCCUGCAGAACCCACCUUGCUGGAGGUGACUACGCAGGUGAACUCUGAGAGGCAGGAGAGGCAUGUCAGCCCUGUUUCGGUAGCGUCCGAGUAUCCAGUGUGGGACUUCAACAUGGAGUUUGACGUGGACCUGUACAGCGGGAGGCCGCUGAACGUGGAGAUCAAGGUUAUGUCCGCCAGGCUUUUCGGCCGGCGCCACUUGUUUUCGGGCUCUCUCAGCGCGGCGAUGGGAUCCAACGAUGUGCGGCGGCAGGAUAUCGCACUGGAGUCUGCGCCAAGCAUGUUUGCGGCACCUGCGGACACGAACUCCCAACUCGUUGUAGCCUGGCAGCUGUGCGAUCCGGACGCUGCUCAGCCGGAGCUUUCCAGAGUGGCAGAGUCUGGUAGAGAAGCGAUGGACAAGCAGAUGUUCGUAACCAACGUUGGACUCAGGAAAUGUGAGCUGCGCACCGGUUUCGAUCCCAACAAGUACGAUGUGUACUUAAGGAUAAGUGGUAUCAUGCUCGACGAUGUCUCGACCGAGGCAGAUACAGAGAUGGUUGUCGAGGAUUUCCCGGCGGAGCCGGUGGAGGAAAAAACCGACGGAAAGACCAAGAAGAUCAAGAGCGUGCACAAGUUUCGCUUCAAGAUGCCGAGCCAGCGCGAUGCUCCUCAUUUUUCAUGGAGCCUGGUUGCCAGCAAGGUGGACCUUCUAACCUAUGGCCUCCGAGCAGAGGCUCUCGUCCGCCCAAAGACUUUGCAGGCUGAUGACGAGAGCACCGAUGUUGAACAAGAGGAAACCAGCCUGGGCGUGUGGAAGGAUUCCCUUGCCAAUCUUGAUGACCGGAUCACAUAUCGCAGUCACCAGCUUCACUUCAACGCAUCUCUUCACAACAAAGAGGCCAGCACAACAGCAAAGCUCGAGUUGUUGUGCGACAUUUAUGUGGACGGAACGGAGCCCCACGACGAACCGGUCACUUUGUCCAAGAAGCCCAACUUGGAUGUCUUCGCUGGUCUGAUGCGGAAAGGUGGCAAGCAGCAGGAGCAGCUCUUCUACGUCUCGGUGGCUGCACUGGGCUUGAAGCAUUGGUCGAAUCCGAUCUUGAAAGUUUUCUCAGCAGCGGGUGUCAAGGAGGCGACAAAGCCCAGCUAUGACGAGCAGGAAGAUCUGACUACAUGGCAGGAGUGCUUGGCUGUCGCGACGUCGAGGACGAGCUCAAAAGUUCGGUUUGAGAUCUGGAGUGAAGCGACCAUUUCGCAACCCGGACAACUAAUUGCACAGGCCGUAAUUUCUUCGGCAGCGCCAAACAUCAAGAGGUGGAGACAUCUCUACGGUGCAGCCCGCGAUGGCAAUCUCGAGACACAAGCUGAGCUGAUGGUUCGAGGCCGACUGCCAGCAAGUACAUGGACCGGCUCUCUGUUGGUUCAUUUCACUCAGCGGGCCGUGGUCCGUGUCGACCUGAAGGAUGCCAUGGUGGCAGAAUCCAUGAAGGCCAUUCUGAAAGUGCGGCUGCACCGUGGGCUCUACCUUGACUGGUAUGCUAACCAGAACGUCACUAUCCUGGUCCAGCUCGCAGGCUGCUACCAAGAAGCAAAAUCGAGCAAUGGAGCGCCGAGGAAGAACUCGAAUCUGCUGUCCUUUCCCGGCAAGGUUUCCGAGAAGGGACUGCUGCAGUUUUUCGACGACAAGCCAAACGGAGGACUCUUCUCCAGCCAGGAUGCCAUGCCAGCGUGGGUUGAGAGAGAAACCUCCAAGGUGCUGGAUCUCCCGAAAGACGUCAGCCAUGCUUACCUCUACAUCGUCAGCAAGGGUGACGAGGAUUUACCGCCUUUGGCGUGGGCCAAGUUUCCGAUUUCCGUGCAAGCGCUGAACACAGCGCAGUGGACACCCGUGAGAUUCGACCAGUCAGUUGUGAAGCUGAACGGCAGCAAGUCGUACCACGAAGACAUGGCAGGAAUGCUUCUGGGCAGCGUCUGCAUACAGACUGGCGAGGAUGACCUCGACGAGAAUCGUGCAGCUCCUUCUGGAAGUCCUGCUUCCAUUGACCCGGUGGAAUCAGUAAAGGAGGUCAAGGACAAACCCUGGCCUGAGAUGCAAGAGGAGGCUCCUGUGGUGACGCGACCUUUCUCUUUGUUGUGCUCUGCGGUGGGCGAGACCCACUUGAACGUGGGCUGUCGGGGCAAGGUGACGACUGCCGUUGGAGAGGUGGAGACGAAGGAGGUGUACAUCCACCUCGAUGUGCUGGCAGCCAGGUCAUUGCCGUCUGGUGACGAGGAUGGAGUUCCCGACGCUUGCUAUGAAGUGAAGGUGGGAGAUCAGACAGCGGUGCUUCACGACAAAGAUCCCUUCUGCUCCUUGGAUCCAGUUUUCAUGGAUCGCCUCACGAUCGGGCCAGUCAAAGCCGAGGUCCUAAAGGGGCCGGAUGGCGAAGACGAGCUGGAUCUGCCACCCAUUGUCGUUCGUGUGUUGGACAAGGACUACCACACGGUCAGCUCCAGCUUCGAGGUGUUGGGCCGUGCAAUUAUCAACAGUGUGCCACUGUUAGAGUUUGCCGAAGACGACGUGUCCCACGUCGGAAAAGGAGGAGAAGCAGGCGUUAGCAAGCUCGACGCUUUUCUCAACAAGCAUCAUGCAGCUGUCUGGUACGCACUGAAUUCUGACCUGCGGCUGAAGUUCCGUCGAAAUGCAUUUGGAGCAUCUGCGGACGGCUCCUGGGCGCAUCGACCCCGAAUGCUCAUGGCCGCAGGAUACACCGAAGCCAGUAAAACAGACUCAUACAUCGCGAGCUUGAAGAAAGCGAAGACGAAGCCGCCACACUGGUGCUUCCAGCAGAUCCAGACGGAGAGACACGCUUGCUACAAGAUAAGGGUUGACGUUCUGGGCUUGAGGUAUCUGGAAGCUUGGGCGGGGAGCAAUGAGAACGUCGAGCUCGAAGUCGUGCCGUUUUGGAAGUCGCAGAGUAAGAAGCGCGACAAGAAGGUCUUGCGCCUUUAUGACAGCAGAACAACGAGUUUUCUGGAGUCGUCGGACCAGAACCCGAACUUCCAGACAGCUACCAAGUUCGAUGGAGAAUGCAAAGACUACAUGAAGAAGAUGGAGCAGCUCCUUCUUUUUCAGGGCUUCGAGACGGAAGCAGAUGUCUCGGAUGGAGGGCAAUCAGCAAAGACCAUGAGGACCGGGACAGAGUCCCGCUUCCUGAAAGCACAGCCAUCAUCCACAGCACAAGAAUGGGAAAAGUUUCGCGUGCGAAAGGAUCGCCUGCUGGGAGCAGGCUUCCAGGCACCCGUUCACAAAGUGCCGAUCAUCCCAUACCUGCAGACGGAGUUGGACGACGAGCUGGGCAAGACCCUGGAGCCUGACAUGCCAGAGCCGAAAGAGGCCAGUGGCAGAGAUCCUAGCAGCACAGACCUUGGGCCGGGAAGGCCCCAGAUAUCGCUGGUGUUCCCCGAGCUCGAGGAUGAUUACGUCCUUCUCCCGGAUGUGGUUAUUCGGCUGCGAAACGUCGAUGAGGACAAGGAUGAAGGGAUUGCAUGCCUCUCUCUUCCUUACAGCGGGAGCAAGUUGCCGAAAGAGGUGUCGAACAUGAUGCAGCAGGCAUUGCGAACGCGAGAUGUCAUCCAGAAGUACGAGCCAGAUUCAAACAACAAUCAGCGACUUGCACUUACCACUUCUGACAAAGUGGAGGUCCUUGUCCACAACAAGGAGACCCAUUGGGUGUACGGCCGCAAGGUGCAGAAAGGUACACACAACGGAAAGCGAGCAAAGGAAGAGGGCUGGUUUCCAGAUUGGGCCGUCAAGCCCAUCAGCAAGACUGACUGGUACCAGCACUGCUUGGAGGAUAGUCUGGAGCUGCAGAACCUGAGCGAAAGUGAGAAGAAAUACGAUUGGGAGAGCACGCCGCAGUGGGGAAAUCCGCGAUUCUCGGUGGACCUCGUCGAUAUCUUCGUCGACGUGUUUGCGCUCCAAUCGGGUAGACUCAGGUGGGAUGGACUCUUCCACACCGGCCGAAGCCUGCUCAACCAGCGCCUCUUUAGCAUCACUCCGGAACGGGACAAUCACGACGAAAAGGAGAAGCCGAUAGAUCAAUUUUUCAAUAAGGCUGACUGGAUGCUUGGACAACCGCACUUCCGCGAAGAAUGCUUUGAUUGGCGGGUGGCACCAGCACUCCACUGCCCGCUGGACAGCACGACAAAGCAGAGGCCAUUCGCGCCAACGCGAAAGUGGCUUCUGGAUACAGUUAACCCGCUUGAGUCGCUGCAGAGGAAGAAGCUGAAACAGGUAUUGAAGUACACCUCCAACACCAAAGAAGGCACAGCUUCCGCUGUCGACGCCACGCCUGUCAUCGACUUACAGCAAACGGCUCGAAAGGAGUUGUUUCGGUCAGUGUCACACAUGCACGUGCCCGAAGAUUUGAGGGAUAGACCUCCGGGUCAAGAGGACACUUCUUUAAAAGAAAAUCUCGAGACCUUCGUCCGCAAAGUGGGCCAUCGCAUCUUUGACAAAAAGGUCGAUCGCAGCUCAAGGAUCCUGGCGCGCUUGCGGGUUGGGGUGCCGCAGCACCUGAAGAAGAGGGUCAAGGAGGAGCAUGCAGAAGUGAGAGAUGUGGAUGGUGCAACACUGAGGUUCACCUUGGAAUUGACCGACAAUGUUUCUGUCAAGAAGGACGGCAAAAAAAUUGCCGACGUUCCUCCGGGUCAAAAGGUGCGUUACGAUGCAAAGGUGGGACAGACCACGGGAGUCCUGAAGUUGCCAGGCAAGGACAUAAAAGUGCGCGUAAGCGAUGAGGAUGACAUUCGGCAGGUGUUGGGAUUGUUCCGCACAUCGAAAGAUGCGGCGGGUCCUGAUCAAAAGCCCAAAAAGGGUGGUGAUGCUCGCGAGCAUGAUCAGGACUCCGGGGCUUUCUUGGUGGUGAAGUUCCAAGCUCCUGGAGUGGUGUACUGGGCCCCUCCCGAGAAGCAGGAGGUUUGGGAGGAGCCUGGCGCACUGCUUUUCCUUGUGAAGGUGGAUGCUACGGGAGAGAUUGUUCCGGUUCGUGUCCCUGCUUUCGACCUGCGCUUUGAGCACGAGACGGCCUGGUAUCCGGUCAAAACACUCGCUCCUGACAACGGAUUCAGCAAAGAGAUGCUGGGCAAGGCGAAGCCGGCUAAGGCGAAGGAGCACCACACUGAGCCAGUGGCGGAUCGUUCGAAGCAGGCGGACAAGAAGGAGGUCGAUGAUGACCCUGAACCAGACGGCCACUCAGUUCCCGUGUUCGUUACCAAGAAUGCCUUCUGUUGCCGAAUAAAGCAGCGAGCGGGACUUCAGCACUUUGACAGGCUGAGGACCAAGAAUUGGUUCAAAACAAGCCUCUGUAAGGUGUUUCCCGAGGUGGACAACAUCUUCCUGGCGGAGUCCUCCGACUUCAGUCAGGCACACGCUGCAAGGCAUUUCUUCCUGGACAGAUGCCUGAACGUCAGGAAGCCCAUGGUGCGCAGUGAGGAUCGGGCGGAGACUUGCAUUCUCAAGGGCCACGUGGAAGUCACAAAGGUCGAAGAAACCAAAGAGCAAGACGACAGGGACACAGGAAGGUGGCUGUUGCCAGUUCGCAGACUCUGGGUGCAGACAGACAUUGUCGUGAGGGUGUGCAUCCUGACAGUGCGUGGGCUCACACUCGAUCAGGGCCUCAAGCUUACCGACGACAGCAGAAUCUACGCCGUUGCGAAAGUCAACGGGAUGCCGGACCACCUGCAGCGGAAGUCCCACGCGAGAAUGGUGCUGGAAGACGGAUCUGGAUGUGAUUUCUACGCGAGUGUCGAGAUCCAGACAAGCGUCCCUGGAGUGGGAACUCUGCAGAUCGAGGUAAUGGCAGAUGUGGGAACUUACACUCGACAGGAGGUGAUGCUGGGCAGAGCAUUGAUCGACAUUGAGGACAGGUGGCUUGCACUUCAAGCCAGAAACAUGCGUGAGGUCAUGAACAAGAAGUGGAUCGAUGAGAACUUGUCACCUUUGGAACCUGUCGAGCCUGAUCCCGACAAAAAGGGGGCUAAACCUCGACCAUCAGCAGGUGGGAAGGAAUCUCCUCGCGAUUCUGACAAGAUCCAGCCGGCCUUAGCGCCAAGUCAACUCGAGCCCAUAGAGACGACCGAUCUCUUCUCCACGAAGAAGCAUCAGGAAAACAGGCGAGUAGGGAGCUUGCGCUGCUGGGUGGACAUGGCACCUGCACAGCAUCCGCCGCCGCAGGUGGACUUCAGGCACGUGCCGCAGGCAGAAUAUGAGAUUCGUAUGCUCGUGAAGAAUGUGACAAACAUCACUCAGUUCAAGGACUUUGGCGAGAGGAAUGAUGUUCGGGUGCUGGCCUACGUGAACAUGAAGUCUCAAGGCCAAGAACCCGUUUCUCUGAAGCUCCAGACGGACGUCCAUAAGUACGCCAGGUACACGGCAUCCUUUAACUGGCAGUGGGCCUUCAGGGUUACGGCCCCAUUGCAGUACUGCUAUAUCAUUCUGAGCUUGGUUGACGAGGACACCUUGACGGAGGCAGACCUUAUGUAUGCUCCCAAGGAACUGCCAUUGGAUUACUUAGUCAUGUAUGCGCACGAGAUGAAAUCAGAAGGUGGAGAUCUUCCGGGUCCUGUCAGGAAACAGGUGAUUUUUGACGCUGAGUCAGGGCAGCGAGCCCUUGAACUGGAACCUCCGCCUGCGUGUCAUCCAAGAUGUGCACCGUGCGAUAGGUGCCUCAAACGCUGCUGCGACCGCUUGCGGGCAUGCUGCCGGAGCUUCUUGGGAUGCUUCUCCUGCUGUUGCUGCUGUUGCAGCAGACGGGACCGUCGGCAAGUGACACCGGCGUACCUCAAUCUGCAGGUCCAGAUUGUGACUGCAGAAGAGGCUGAUCUCCACGAGAUUAAGAAGGACUGCCAGGUCAGCCCUCCGGAAGAUCGCAUGGGCACAUUCCAAGCUGUCACGAACCCCCUCGGGUUCAUAUACAACUACUUGGGGCCGACGAACUAUUUCUUUAUCAAAAGGACUAUGAUCAUCAUCUUCUGCUUCCUGAGUAUUCUUGUGAUCCUCGCUUGCGUCUACCUGAUCCUCCAGAUUGUCAUGCCAGGGAUCGAGAUCUACGACCGCGGAUUGAUGAACGACCGUGAUGGACUCGAUUUGCCAGCGGACCUGUUCGACAAAGACACGACGGGUCCUGCAUCCAGUUGCUCUUUUAAUGUGCCGCCAGAGCUCUACUCGGGCACCGGCCACAAGGCGAAUGAGUUUCGAUCCGUGCCUCGCGCUUGGCCGUCAUGGCUAGCGCUUGUCAAGUUCAUCUGCCAGCUGUUGGCGUUUGACUUAUGCGCAACACUGCAGAAUAUGCCUCGCUUCAAGACGAGUGAUGUCGUUGACUCCGAGACACAGCGAUGCACCUUUGCAGAGCUGUCCUUGUCAGCACCCUUGCUGCGAAGCCUGCAAGAGAUGGGCUGUGAGCAUCCCUCACCUGUGCAACUACGAACCAUUCCACAGGCGCUUGGCGGAGGAGAUGUCAUCGUGCAGGCUAAGUCUGGAACAGGCAAGACAAUUGCCUUCUGCUCUGUGGUGCUGGAAGGUGUGAACACAUCCAGCUCGGGAACAUCGCAGGCCAUCAUCCUGGCGCCAACGCGCGAGAUUGCCAUGCAGAUCUCCGACGAGCUGCGAAGACUUGGCUGGUACAUCGUGCCAGUCCUUGAUGUUGCCUGCUUCAUCGGUGGCAUCCCAGUGGAAGAAGAUGAGGAGAGGCUUCAGUCCAAGGGAGCACCCCACAUCGCAGUCGGAACGCCUGGUCGCAUGUUCAAGCUCUUGCGCGAUGGCCUUCUCCUCACAGACGCGCGGUUCCUCGUCCUCGAUGAAGCAGACAAGCUGCUGGACGAAAAUUUCCGCAUUGAGCCAGUUCUUAUCGGGGUCCGGGGCGGCCUCGAAGCCUCUGCGGCCAUGGCCCCAAAAAAGGCCAAAGCGGAGGCAAAGCAGCCGAAAGCCAAGGCGAAAGGCGCGGCAGCCCCUCAGGCCGACGAGCCUCCAAAAGAAGAGAAGGAAAUGAAGGAAGAAGAAGCAUUGAAAGAGGAGCUCAAGGAAGAAAAUCCUAAGGAGGAGACACAGCCCAAGCAAGAAAGCGAAGCAGAGGAUCCAAGACAGGACGCCGCAGAAGAGACACUCCAGGAGGAUGCCAAGAUGGAAGAUAAGGAUAAGGAGCGUGAAGAAGAUGCGCCUAAAGACAGCAGGGCAAAAGUGAGCGCAGGUACUGUGGCUCUCAACCUUGAUGAUGUGACGCUGAAUGCGAUGCCUGUCUGCGGUGGCAAAGUGCUCAUGCCGCUCACCGAAGGGGGGAUGCAGUACCUGCUCGCGUCCGCACGUUGCAGUGCCGGCAUUAAGUCCGGUCGUUACAUGUACGAGGUCAGGAUUUUGGAGUCGCUGAGCCCAUGCGAGACAACAGGGCACGCCCGAGUCCCGAACCCGCGCCAGCUGGUCCGAGUGGGCUUCUCGUUGAAAGGAGGCUCCUUGUUCCUCGGCGACGGAGAAAACAACUGCUCCUUCGACUCCGAAGGCUUCUUUGUGGACGACAAAGCCAGAAAAAGAGCUUCCUACAAGUUCGUCAGAGAUCAAACUGUGGCCGUCGUCCUGAAUCUAGACCCCUCUAUGGCGAAUGUCAACACGGUGAGUCUCUUCAUCAAUGGCCAGCGUGCUUCUGACCCACAGCCGCUGCCAGAAGCUCUUAUCGGCAAGCCCCUGUACCCGACGGUGACUUACAAGAAUGUGUCCUUGGAGGUGAAUUUUGGACCAGCUCCGCGCACUUCCCUGCCGUUCACCUGCAACAUGCUUGCCCACGCUGCAGCAGAAGAUCUCGAGAUCCCAUCUGUAGCGAAGAGGAAGGACGGCAAGGGUGAGCUAGUGAUGCCUGUGGGACUGCCUGACACCGGCUAUUUUGACUGGGUUGACAAGUUUCUCGUCGACAACCCGGACUUUGUGGAGCUCAGCGACCGGAAGAUGUUGGACUGGGCCUGGAAGAGCGGAAUCUGGAAGGCUGGGAAAUACUACAAUGGAUCUGGCGACAAGCCAGAGGCAAGCACUGGUGUGCCAGCAAUCGACGACUGGAGCGUCGGCCGAAUCAUUUCAGCAGUAGCACCCACGUUCCCGCGGAAGUACGUCAUCCCAGAGAUGAAGGCAAACCUUGUUAAGUCCGAGCGUGACGAGGGCCUUAUGCGAUUCACGUCCGCAGACUUUCACCGCAAGGCUGUCGUUAUCAUGGGGGAGCCUGAUCAGCAGUACAAGGAGUGGAUCCAGAAGCUAAUGCUGGAGGAGAAGCAGGCUCAAGCAGAGGCAGAGAAGAAGAAAAAGCAAGCAGAGGCUGAGCGCCAACGGCAACAGAAGCGGCAGCAGGAGGAAAGGAAGCGGAAAGCCGAGGCUGCCCGAAAGAGCUACGAGGCCGCCAAGCGUCGGCGCCUCGGGGAGGAGGUCGAGGAGACCGAGGAACCGGAAGAGGCUCCGGCUGAAGAGCCAGAGGACGAGGCUCCGGAAGAGGAGCCGGAUGUCCCAGUCGAGCUAACAGACGAGGAGAAGGCGUUGAAGUGCCGGAAGCCCCCGCUGCCGGACAUGACAGAAAAGGAACUUGCUAAAUCGUAUGCCAGCUUUGCUCUACCUCUCAAGUCGGAGGGCUUUGAUGAGGUGGCCUAUGCCUGGGGGAACGAGUCCAGCUGUUCCGAGUUGCUAAAGGCCUGGAUAAUGGAGAAGAAGCAAACGCAGCGCGCGGAAGACAUAGCUCCAGGAACUGACUUCAGGCAGGCAUGGUCUGCAUGGUCAAAGGCAGUGCAGGACUGGAGGAAGGCUCAGGCAGAUUUCAAGGAUCCCGCGAAGAGGCGGGCCUUCAAGGAGCAGCGACUGGAGGAAGCCAAGCAGAAGAUCCAAGAGGAGAAGCAGACCCUCAUUGAUGCUGGCGACGAAGAAGGGGCCCGAGCCCUUGAAGAGAAGGUCGAGGCCGAACAGAACGAAGACAUGGACACAGAGAAUCUUGAUGUCCUCGCAGUGGAGGACAUCAACGACAUUGGUAAUGGAGAGCCGCUCUUUGGGCAGUUCCAGUACGAAGACUGGAUUUUGCUCAGUACGAGAUAUGAGCUGCACUUGUUAGCCCAUUCCUUCAAGAAGGACCUGAAUGAUCCUGACAGGCCAAGCUUCGAUUUGAAGCACUUGGGCUUCUACUACCAGAAGUACUUCAGAAAAGCGUGGAACUUCUCCCAGUUUGGUGUCAAAGAGUUUGAAGAGCUCGUCGAGUUGCUGAAGGACUCAGUGAGUGUUGAUGCCAGUGGCCAUCUCAAGGCAGACGAGCCCGAGGAGACUCCAUUAGAGCGCUUCGUGAAGCUCACGGAGGAUAAUCGAAGGGAGCGCCAAAGAAGAAUAGACGCUGGCGAUGAGACAGCUAGGCUCAAGUUCUCCAGACCUCAAGCGCAACGAGGCAAUGAUCGAGGCGAGGGCAAGGGAGGAUAUGGCAAAGGUGGCAAGGGAUCCUACGGGGGUGGUGGGGGCGCAUCUGGCUAUGGUGGCCAGAAGAGGCCAUACACGCCACCCCCCCCUGCGCCUUACAAGCAGACGAGAUCUACGUAUGGCAGCGGGGGAGGUGCGUAUGGAGGCGGAGGCGGGGGUGGCUAUGCUGGCGGAGCAAGAGGUGGCGGAGUCUGUAGCUGUAGCAUCUCCAGCGUGAGUCGACAAGUCGCCCACGUGUCAAAACGGCUUGCGCAGCUGCACAACGCCGACGAAGCAAUGCAGCACCUCUUCGACUCCACCUGCCCAGGUCUCUUCAAUUUCUGGCUGUUUCUGCCACCUUUCCGCCACCACUUGUCGCACUUGCAGAGGACGUUGUUCCGAUCUUUGCAGGUGGAAAAGAAGCGUGCAACCCGGGGUCAACCUGUGAUGCGAGACUUGCCGAACAAGGUCUUCUUGUGCACGUCAGCCGUGAAGAAAGAUGAGGAUGGGUUGAACAUCCUGCAAGAAGAUGGAGACGACGCUGAUGUCGUGGAGACAGCUUUGCUCAAGGGAGUGCUCCAUCUCCGGUACGUGCUGCAAGGCUAUCAUGUCAGGCAAAAGGUGCCGGCACUGCUGGAAGUGUUAACGACGGCGGCCUACCAACAGGCUUUCGUCUUUGUUGGGGAUUCCAACAAUGCCAUCCAGAUCGCGGAGCUGCUGAAUCAGGCCGGAGUGCCUGCGGCUGCAAGCACCGGGAAGCUGGACCAAGCCUGGCGGGCGCAGGCUUUCGCUGGGCUAAAGCGCUUCCAGUAUCGAGUCCUCGUCUGCACGGACCUCAUGGCUCGCGGCAUUGAUGCAGAGAAAGUGGAUGUGGUUGUCAACCUGGACCUGCCAACGGAGAAGGAAACCUACCUGCACCGUUCCGGGCGGACAGCCCGUUUCGGCUCAGUGGGCUGGAUGGUGUCCCUAGUUUUCGAGGGCGAUGAGGCCGAGCACUUGGAGUUCUUUCAGAAGCAGCUGGGCUUCGAGCUGGCGGAGUACGCAGACCGGGAGGCGGCGAUCCAGUCGAGGCUCGAAGCACUGAGUCUUCCGCAGGCUGGCGGCCCCCGGAUGCGAUGGCACCAAGCCAAGCAGAAGUGGCCGGAAGCUUUGUUUGCGCCUUCUUGCGAGUAA